AUGUGCCAGGCCGAAAUCCUAGGGAUCGUCGAUGACAUCGCGGCCCUUGUUUCUGAUAAGCUUUCAAGUGAAGCCAAGGAAGAAUUUGACGGUGAAUGCUCAGUUCAAGUCUAUAACGUGCAAACUGGCACUCUGAAGGAUCCAGCUGCACUUUGGAAUGCUGAAUUUGUGCAGGCAGAGGAGCUUUUCAGCCAGGAUGCAACCACAGAGAAUUGUCUGAGAGAUAACAGGUUCUAUGCAGUAGCUAAUCCCUUUGUUAGUCGAAGUUCAGAGAGGGAAUUAUUUGACUUGGGAGCUCUAAAGCUUAAUGGCGCCAGAGAUGCAAAUAGUGAAGGUAAAGAUGCAGGAGUUCGUGAUCAAGCCAGCAAACUGUCUGCAGACACAGGAAAAGUUACUAACUUGCCUGCGAGCAAAAAGUUGGGUCAGAACAGCAAGAACUCUUCCACAGCUGGGGGUUCUCUGGCAAAUCUAUGGGGUCGUGCUUCCACUGCAACAAAAUCAAGUGCUGGUCCAGCAGAAAAUAGUAGCUCUGCUCCAAGUUCCACCGUUAGUGCGGAAGCUCAAAUCUGUGCACAUGAGGCAGCAGAACUGAACAGCGAUGAUGAGGGUCAAGAUGUCAAUGUUAAGAGAACCUCGAAAACUGAAAGCGGUAGAAAAAGAAGAGUUGUAUUUGAUUUCUUGGAUGAAGAAGAUGAGAAUGAAGAUGCAGUCAAUUUGGCAUCAGCUGAUUUUCCAAAAGCCCAGUCUAUCCUCGCUUCAAAAGAGAGUGCCAAGGAGUUAGUUUCUGAGAAGAAGUGCAAGGAAGAUAAAAUGGAAUUUGAUGAGGAAGAGGUGUCCUCAAGUUCACCUCUACAUGUUCUUGAGUGCAUUUUCUUUGCAGUAACCAAAGUGGUCUGGGAGGGUGAGGAAGAAUUGAAGAAAGCAAACUGUACUACAGUUGGCAAAUCUAAUGAUGACAGGGCUGCUGACACCACGAGCAGUGGAACUGGAGUUUCUGCUUUGAGCUUGACUGCAAGGAAUGGUGGCCGUCUUAACAAGGACUAUAGCACCUAA